CGAUAACCCUUAGGGGUGUUGAUUUGUUUACGUACGGAGAAUACCGAGUAGAAGAUGUAUACGCUAGCGCUAACUAAAGGCCUUCCCGGGCGCACGCAGUCUAUCUCUUUUAGUCCGUUUGCAUCUGGUCGAGUGGGUGUCGUUCCGUGCUUUUUAGAAUUGCUUGGAGAGGCUGCGAAUGCAGCUGCAGCCCACCAAACGCCAGCACACCAACGACGCAACGGACCGCCCCAGGACACAACCCAAAAAGAAACACCAGCUGUAGCAGGGCAAGAAGAUGAACCCGCAGCCGUAUGGGCGCACGCAGUCACUGUCUCUUUUAGUCCGUUUGCAUCUGAUUAAGUAGGUGUCGUUUCGUGCUUUGCAUGGUUGCUUGGACAGGCUGCGAAUGCAGCUGCAGCCCACCAAACGCCAGCACACCAACGACGCAACGGACCGCCCCAGGACACAACCCAAAAAGAAACACCAGCUGUAGCAGGGCAAGAA